UAGGAGGCAAUAAACACUCAGCCAGCAGUAAACUCAACAUGGACGUGCUGGCAGUGCCAGAAAUCGGUUGCACAAUUCCGUGAUUUUCAGCGAUAGUCGACAUCAUUUCUCUAGCGAAGUGACAGGAUACCACUUUUGGAGAUACGAGGAUCCACGCACCGGACAACCCGUGUCUUGGCACGGUUAUUAAGACUGCACCCCAGGCCCUUUAAAGGGACCUUACCCCUUCCCCGGGACGAUAUCUUGGACCAUCAUGGGGGACUGCAGCAGGUUUUACGAUCAAGAGGUCCCAUUUAUGGACCCUCAGACUGUCCCUGACGUUGACGAGGGUGGAUUCUGUGAUGACUAUGGAGUUGGCUUCUGCAGUGAACACUGUGACAAACUCGACAAUGGCUGCUGUCUGGACAAGGACUGCCUCGAGAAAGAUUCUGAAGAGUUGUUCCAAGAUCUUGACCAGCUUCAGGAUGAAUGGCUCGAUGGACUUUGUGACUCCGAUACCGAAGCUGAACAAUUCGUACCCGACUUCCAGAAUGAAAAUGUUCCUCUCAACAUCAAGAUCAAAGCCGAACCAAAGAGCCCAAAUUGUCACAAGCCUUGCGCUCACAUGAAAUUCCCCUCCAACUCGACAACCGCUUCCUCCUCCCACUCCCAUUUCGACUUCAACAGCCGUAAGUUCGACUUCGGCGAGCAGCUUGUGAUCGAUGUCCCCCCCAUGAAUAAUGGCGUCCCGAGCCCACCCACGACGUCCCUGGUCCCCACCCCGAGCAUCUCAGAGGAGCAUACCAGCCGGAUCGGUACCCCGCUCUCGGCAGCCCAGCAGCAGCAGCAGCAGCAGGCACCCUCGCCGGCCCUGCCGAGACUGGACUUGAAUUUUAACAUUAUAAAGCAGGAGCUGCCGUCCCAUUCCUCCCAGAGAUCCUCUUGUGCGAUGUCUGCAUGUACGCCCUUCAAGGAGCCGACGGUGUUCCACUGUGCGCGGAAUCCGCCCGGGUACAUCAUCGAGAAAAGGUUUCAUCGUCAGACGUCAGAGCCCUGUUUUGUUUCAUUUAGCAGCGAACCACGCUCCCCGUUCCAUCGCCAGAACUCUGAGCCGACGUUCCUCCCGUUCAAACACCACAGUCAGGUGGGGGCUCCGAUCGAGCACAGCUACGGGGGAUUCACCAUCAAACAGGAGCCAAGGGAUUACUACGAAGCAGAAGUACCCAACUCAUGUUGCAUGGGGUUCCAACAGCGAGGCGAGAUGUACAACCAGACUGGAAACAAUGACGGAUGUAUGCCCGAACAAGCUGCAAGGCAUUUCUUUGAUGACGCAAGUGUUCCUGAAAAGAUCCCGGAAGGUGAGACGAAACCAGAGGUUUUCCGUGAGGGUCCACCGUACCAGCGUCGAGGGUCUCUCCAGCUGUGGCAGUUUCUUGUGACUCUGCUUGAGGAUCCGGCUAAUGGUGGCUUCAUAGCUUGGACUGGCCGUGGAUUGGAAUUCAAGCUGAUUGAACCAGAAGAGGUUGCCAGACGAUGGGGCAUCCAGAAGAACCGACCAGCCAUGAACUACGACAAGCUCUCCCGCUCUCUGCGCUACUACUACGAGAAGGGCAUCAUGCAGAAGGUCGCAGGAGAACGCUACGUCUACAAGUUUGUCUGCGACCCCGAGGCGUUGUUCAUGAUGGCGUUCCCGGAUGGCAUCCGCACCCCGCUCCGUACGGCUGUGCAGACCGCCACGCCGGAUCACAGCGUGCCGGCAAGCCAAGUGGUGAAGAUCAAAGAGGAGCCUGGGUUCUCAAUGCAGACGCCAGACCAUCACGACAUGUACGUUCCCGAGAUGGGGCCUGCAUGCCCUCCUUUACAGCAUCACUUAGAGGGUUGUGCUUACUAAGAGGGAUGAGAUCCCGUCGAGAGGAAAGCCCUUUAUAACCCCGACAGCUGUUUUUUUUGUUUCUGUGUAUCUGUGUUUUUUUCUCGGUACUAUGAUGUCAUUAAGUUCAUUGUGUGCGAGUUCUGUAUGUGUAACUUUUGUCUGUAUGGGUAGGGGUGUUUUUUUCCUUCACUCUUAUGUUUUACUUUUUUGGGGGGCGGCGGGAUUGUUAUGGUUAUUUUGGGUUUGAUGAUUACGGGCUUGGACUUAAAAUUACUUUGUUUUAUUGACUUGUUGUUGUAUCUUCGACAGAAUACAUUUGAGUUGAACCAGGUAUUAACGUCUGCUUGUGCUGGGCAGACGUAUUGGAACACUCUGGUAAAUAUUGUUAUCAACAUUUCUGUUUUUUUUUUUUGCUUUUCCCGAUCCCUCAUUGUUUUGUUUUUUCUUCUUUUUCUGAUGACUGUGAAAUCGUUUGAGACGAUCGUGUACUCUCUGUUUUUUGGGGGGUUUUAUUGGUGGAGAGAGUGAUUUUCGUGUUUACUUCAUCUGUUAUCGCUGAUUUCCUAAAAUUAGUACAGUUCUCCAAGUAGCUUAAUCUAGACCAGGUUAACGCAGAAUAUUUUGUACACAUUUAUACUUUGGAUAUGAACAGUCUGUGUUUUGUAUCGUACAAUUUCAGGAAGUGUUAAAAAAAAUAUCAGGAACAAAAAUAUGUCUGAUUGGAAAAGUUUGUGGAGAGCAAGUUUAUCUCGGUCAGACGGCAACGCGGCAAAGUGUUUUUUGUUAUCAUCAGUUUAACUGAAGUGAGUACAAUCUCAUGGCGGUGCUAACACCACAUUCUGCGCUUACCGCCUUGAUACUGCCCAUAACAAUACAUGUUUCAUAAGGUAGUAUAAGCGCAGAAAUAUGUGGUAAGCAGCUCCAUGAAAUUAGGCCCUGUAGUUCGCCGCUCCUAUGUUAUAGUUAACAUUAUAACUACAUUACAGGAGGAUCAGGUUUUUUUCCUGCCUUUCACCUCUGUGGACCCCGGUUUGAGUCUUGCUUCACACCGGAGCCUUGCAUGUGGGAUUGGGUUUUAGUCCCUACCUGAUUGUGUGGGUUUUUACCCCAUUUUGGGGUUUUCCCUCACACAUCCAAAAACUGAACAUUUUCUUCUCAUUCAUCCUAUUACUGGUGCUGUUGAUUUGUCAUAAAAUUCAAAUUAAAACCUCAAUAUAUGACCUCAAAUUGAACGGCCAAUCACUGGUUGUUGAGUUAUGGGCGAAGGGAAUUGGCUGACCAAUUAGCAUUUACCACCAAUAGGAAGGGACACUUAUAUGGUUAGUUGGUGCAUCAGUUUCAGACAGAUUGUUUGAUUGGACCAACGGAUGGUUGCUUACAGUUUACGCUACCUGUAACAGGAAACUUUUGACUUCGCUAUCUGGUCAAUUUUUCCAUUGGCCAGUAUGCUUCAUCAGCCAAUAGACUCUUCGAUUUGUGACAUCACAAGCUCAAAAAGCGUUUGGCUGGGAGCUGUGCGUGGCUUGUACACACAUGCAUUUUCUCUGGUGUGAUAUGCAAGAAGGGUUUUCUGUUAAAAAACCUUUCAUGUCAUGCUUUAAUUAUCACUUUAUUUUGAAUCUUUUUUUGCCUUUGGAGUCAAAAAGAUUACUGCAUUUUCACGACAGCAAGUGCAACUUUCUAUUUUCAACAUUUUAUGAGAUCAGUAGUUGGGCUAAAACCCUAAUUUCUCAGAGCUAGCUUCUGACAGAAGAUUUGUAAAGAUUCAAAUAAUUCUGCCUCAAUAUAUUUCUUAAUUUUUCUUAAUCAUUAUUUGUUUUUCAUAAGAAACUCGAUAUUUUUUACUUGACUGGGGCUGUGGUCAAGUUCGUAUUUUACUUGUUUAUUACCAAAGGAUAGUACUUUUAAAAAAAAAUAUAUUUGUAAAAAUACAAAUCUUCCUUUGAAAAAGACACAAUUUUAAUCACUUUUUGUUUAAGUUCAGGAUCAUUUCGAAUUACUCCUGAGAUAUUUUUAAAAACCUUUAACUAUUGAGGAUGCUUUCGAGAAAGAAAAACACUAAAAAAAAAUAAUGUACAAAUUAAAGUAUGUUUGUAGGUCAUGUGACAUUUUAGUUUUUAAAAAAGAGGACAAGAUUAGAUCUUUCACCAUAGAGAGUACUUGUAGUUUAUUCAGAUGGCAGGGCACGGGUAUUUUUUUCAUUGAAUAAGUGUAUAAGGGCGUGGUGGCCCUGGGAUAUGUAUAAAACAAAUGUUUUUUGUACAGAAUCAGUUAGGGGGAUUCAGUUAAUUAAAUACGUAAAUGGGUGAAUGCUUUUAAUUGUUGACAGUUUCUUUCUACCUAACACACAUCCUGUAGAGCGGGGGCUGUACAAAUACUGUAUCGAUAAAGAGAGAAAACAAUUUAUGGUGUUUUUUCAAGCUCGCUGUAAAGUUUAAGAAACCCCUUUCUUUCUUCAAUAUAUUUUUGUCACUGAAAUUUUAAAAAACUGAAGAAUGUAGACUUAUAAAAAGAAAUUAUUAAAAAAAAAAACUAAACAAAAAAUACUAAUUUUUUUAUUAUGAACAGAUCAAAAAAGUUAUAAGGAUUGGAAACAUGAGAGUGGUAAAAUGAAAGUAUGGUGUGUUUUAAUUACUUGUAUUAUAUGAAACAGGAGAUGAUAUUUUCAAGAAACAAUCGGCGAUUGUGAUGUGAGCAACAAGCUUUGUAUAGCAACAAUUGUCUUUGGUUUUAAAAACUUUUUAAUAUGUAACUGUGUCAGGACAAAAAACAAAUCAAUGUUCUAAAAUUGUUGUCAUUUCCCUGAAGUCCGUAAAAAUACAAGAAAUAAGGAAACUUACAAUGUCGAACCCCUUGUUAUUGUACAAUGUUAAAAAUAAGUCCUGCGUGUCGGCAGUAAAUGUGUUUAAAGGUAAUAAUGUUUUGUAAUUGGCCUAAUUUGAUAAAAGGUUGUAGCCACUUGUUUUACGACAGGCGCAAACAAGUUCAAACUUAAUUUGGGUUUUGAAUUGAACCCACACAAGGCUCUGCAAAUAUACGGCCCACAAAUAGGACCAAUAGACCUAACCAUAUGCAAUGAUGUCAUCCAGCCGCCAUCUAAGAGAUAAAACGAUGGCGAAACAAUUAAAAUGCAUAGGUUUGUACGUGCGGCACACAGAUUUGGCCAUUGAACAGCCGGGUUUUUUACCACUCGGUGAGGGCUCCCUACUGAUAUGGCAUCAUGUGUGUAAGGUCUAUUUGAUCAGCCCACGACACUGCAAGGGUUUCGAACAGUUGAAGUAAAAAGUGAUUUGGUAUUGUAAAAUAUUCACAGCUUUUGUUCUGCUUUCAGCUUUUGUAAAUGAAGCCACUUGUGCUCGGAAAUUGAGUUUCAGAAUGGCCAACAGAGGAUAAAACUGAGGUUUAACUUAAAUGUCCCUAAACAAUGGCUCAAAACAAUGGUACAUUAAACAAUGGCUUAUUGUGAUUUCAUUGUUCAUUGUUGAUUCCCCUUAAAGUGUUUGUUUAAAAUAAAAUAUUAUGAUGACCAAAAAAAAUCUUUAAAAAUAGUAUUAUUAGGUCGAAACCAUAAAUUGUGAAAUUUUGCGCAUAAUAUAUGUAAGCUUCAAGUCAGUCAAAUCGUUGCCGUGACAAAAAAAUUCCUUGUGUACUGAAUAAAAAGUUUGUUUAAGGUUAAAAACUGUCGACCCUCAUUUUGUGAAAGUUGUGGUAACAUGAACGUUAUACGUGUGUAAUUUAACAGCUUAACCCUCCUACAUGUGUACGCUGUGGUUGAUCGUUGAGCCAAUUAUCUCUGGCCAUCAAAACAAACAUUUGCACGCUUUACUGGUCCUACAUAGGUCUUUCAGACACAGCACUAAAGUUGCAUGAAAGUCAGACAAAAAGGCAGCGCCUAACAACUUGUCAUCAAGUCGAGAGCUAUGGAAACAAACUGAAAAGGCAACUGAAAAAGUGUUAGGAAUGGAGAAGCAGUAGGAGGGUUAACUUUGUAACGGCUCAAUAGGCUUACGAAUAAUUAUGUAAUGUCCCAAACAAUCAAGUGAACAAGAUAUAUAAUAUAAGUACCAAAAUAUAAAUAAUUAAAUGUUUAACUUAAGUCCCCAAAGUGAUUUUUCUGUACUUGAUCUUUGUCUUCUCUCUCUCGCUUUUUCUCUAACUAUAGAGAAGUAGAAGAGGAAGAAACCUGCCUCCCGCAUAAUUUGAUUAAAUUAUGGAAAUGUUCGAAAAAGUUUGUGUGACUGGUUAAUUUGUAACCAACAUACUUAAGCUAGGGCAACCUGCCUGGCAAAGUGUGAAUUCUAGUUUUUGCAUAAAUUGGGGUCAAGGUUGAUGUCAAGGGUCAAAGGUCAUCUGACCUGUAAAGCGUCACUUCUGAAGCACAAAGCUCGAAAUAGGGCACAUUAUCCAUUGACCUAAUUCACAUGAUGUCAUCAUUGCAUGGGAGUCAUUGUUUUUAAUGGCAGUAUGUGUAUUGCUGGUGAGUUUCAUUGUUUUUUCCCUUACUCUUACAUCCCAACUGAAUAAAAUAAUGUAUAGGUGUUGCCCAUGCUGCUUGAAAUUAAAGCUUAUAUCCCAUACUUUAAGAAAACCUUUUCUCAUCCAUAAUAUUUUAAGAAUAUUUUAAGAAUGUUGGUGGCAGUUUUGUUUUGAUAUUUUGUGAUGUUUGUGUUGGUGAUUUUGUUUUUGACCGGUCUGAAACAAGAUGUGUUUUAGAUCUCCCUUAAAGAAUCUAGAACUAAUAACCAAUUGGCUAUCACAGCAAAAUCAAACCUUUUUCCUCAAAAACGUUUCUGAUGAAUUAAAAAUGUUAAAGGGUCCAGCAGAAUCGUCUGUAUAAUUACUUAAUUUGGAAAAUUGGCCUAAACAUUAUGCUGCGCUUUGUAUGUGUUUCGUCUUGAUUGUGUUUACUAUAACAAACAAAAUAAAAUGUUAUCCAAAAUUAAA